CGAACACUUUGGAGGCCUUUGAAGUUUUCAACGCUUUUUCUUUUUUUCGAAUAUUUCAGUUGUGCCCAUCAUGUCGGAAGGAGUUUUCGUUCCCGUCAACACUGGGGUUCCUACUGAUUACAGCGACUGGUCAAACAUGGAGCCACAAUUGCCAUACCGAUUCUUGCUCUAUCUCCCGGCGAGUGUGGUCAACCAGUUCAAACUCUACACGCUCUCCCCGUUCCGUCUCUCGCUCCUUUUGUCUAUCGCCACCCUUGCUCUGUGGGCUUUAAUCUUGUAUCUUCGUCAACGCUUGCUGCUAACGAACCCGGUGACUAUUUAUCACGCGCCACGGACUGUUGGCAUCAAGCGAGCCAAAAGGCAGGUUGGAAAACGAGGGGGCGAGAGUAUUGAGCAGGUGCCGUUGCAUAAGCUCAUCCGGCAAGAAUGUCCGACAUUGGCGGAUCCCAAGGGGGAGAAGAAUGUGUUUUCCCCAACACCUUACUUGGCUAACGGGCACUUACAAACGAUCUUUGCUGCGUUGUUUGCUGAUUACGCCAAGCCAAGGAUAGAAUAUACCCGUGAGCUAAUUUACUUUCCUGAUGGUGGAAAUGUGGCUUUGGAUUGGCAUCCUGCUCUUCCCCCUUCGGCCUCUGAACACGACAAAACACCUAUUAUCGUCAUUCUUCAUGGACUGACUGGAGGAUCGCACGAGACGUACGUGCAGGAUGUUGUAGAGGAAGUAGCUCAAAGGGGCUACCGAGCGGUAGUAUCAAACUUUAGAGGCUGUGCUCAGACAGAGCUUACUUCAGCGCAAUUGUAUUGCGGUGCAUAUACUGGCGAUUUGAGAUAUGCUCUUGACUACAUCAGGAGGCGAUGUCCUGAUGCCCCUCUUUUUGGCGUUGGCUUUUCUUUGGGUGCAAACGUAUUGACAAAGUUUGUUGGAGAAACAGGCGAGAGCUGUCCUUUUAUUGGUGCAGUAGCGGUUGCAAACCCGUUCGAUCUCCUUCUCGGCAGCCAUGUCAUGCACAGCACUUGGUUCGGCCGUAACAUAUACAGCAAGCGCAUGACGCAGAACCUGAUUCGAGUGUUUAAGCGUCACAUGCACAAAUUUACAAACUCCAAUCUCGUCGAUGUGGACCAACUCAUGAGUGCUCGCUUCAUUUACGAAUUUGAUGACUUGUUGACCCGCAAAGCCUUCAAAUACCGCACUGUCCAUGAAUAUUAUCGUCAGGGAUCUAGUGCACAGUUUGUGCCUGAUAUUCGUCGACCGAUGCUCUUGUUCUCUGCUCUGGAUGAUCCUGUUGCACCCAAGGAAGCCAUACCUUUCUUCGAAGUCAAGGAAAAUCCGUACGUGAUUUUGGGCGUAACUCCGCAUGGAGGGCAUUUGGGAUGGUUUCAGGGAAUGAAGCCCAAGAGGUGGUUUGCAAAGCCUGUUGGAGAGUUUAUAUUCACUAUUGUCGAGUCCUACCGAUCUCUUCCACACGAGGAAAAGCAUCACCCUGUCGCUUCCAAUAAUCUUCCGGUGACCGCUCGCAGAAUCUCAUUCUCUACACCCCUCCCGCCUUCCCUUCCUGCGCCUCAUGCCGCACCCCCACGUGAAAUUCCCAGACCCGGACCCGUGUCCAGGCAAUCCUCCGGAGAACCUCGUCGUAGCGUCUCCUCCGCACCGCCCGUUCCAUCCACCUCCGUGGCCGUCCAGCCCAAGCCAACAGUGAAACCAAAAAAGCAUCCAGGCCUGUUUGUGAUGCGGUUGAUACCUCGAAAUCGGAUUCUGUUAUUGCUUUUAGGGAUCUUGUUCGGGUAUGCAGGUGGUCGGAGACGAGCGAUACCAUUGUGAGGUUUUGAAUUUUGGAAAGGAAAUGACUAUCGACUUGUCUGAGGAGCCCAGUGUAAAUUGCUUACAUAUCCCUGAUGAUCUUUACGAGUGUGAUUUAUGUAGCUUAUUGCACGAAAUACACAGACGGAGGGUAGAGUUACUUUGCCCCUUGAGAUAAUAUAAUAUUUUUUUUUAUUAUACAAUGUCCUAGUAUAUAUAGCGUGUCAAGCCUGGUCAGCUUACAGUGGUUUUAAAG